GAAUAACACCCAAUGAUCCUAACUACUACAGCAAGACCACUAAUUAUAAAUCACUACUUAUUAAUCAACAAAGAAUUCAUGCAGGGGAGAAACCCUACAAGUGUGGAGAAUGUGGUAAGGGCCUGAGUUCUCAUAAAGCACUUUCCAUACACCAGAGACUUCAUACUGGAGACAAACCCUAUGAGUGUGAAGAGUGUUGUAAGGCCUUUAGUACUCGCUCGUCACUUUUUAUACACCAGAAAAAUCAUACUGAUGAAAAACCCUACAAGUGUCAAGACUGUGGCAAAUCGUUUUACUAUCCUUCAAUGCUCAAACAGCAUCAAAGAAUUCAUUGUAGAGAAAAUCCCUCCCAGUAUGAAGAAUGUGUCAAAAGAUUUUCUUCUGCUCUACACCUUCAGAAUCAGGAACAAAUCUAUACUGGAGAGAAACCCUACAAGUGUGGAGAAUGUUAUAAAGCCUUUCGUUAUCACUCAGCCCUUAGGAUACACAAGACAGUUCAUACUGGAGAGAAACCUUAUAAGUGUGGAGAGUGUAGGAGAUGUUUUUCCUCAUCUUCCUGCCUUAGAAGACAUCAAACAAUUCACUCUGAAGACAACCCUUACAAGUGUGAAGACUGUGGGAGAUGUUUCUGCUCAUCUUCAUCCCUUAGACGACAUCAAACAUUCCAUUCUGAGGACAAUCCCUACAAAUGUGAAGAAUGUGGAAAAAGGUUUUCAUGUUCUGCAAGUCUUCAGGAACAUCAAACAAUUCAUACUGGUGAGAAACCAUACAAGUGUGAAAAGUGUCACAAAGCCUUCCGUUAUCACUCAUCCUUUAGGAGACAUAAGACAGUUCAUACUAGAGAGAAAUCCUACAAGUGUGAAAAGUGUCCUAGGUGCUUUUCCUCAUCCUCAUGCCUUGUACGACAUCAAGCAAUUCACUCUGAAGACAAUCCACACAAGUGUGUGGAAUGUGGCAAAGCCUUUGUUAAUGUUUAUAGCCUUACUCGACACAUGACAGUUCAUACUGGAGAGAAAGCCUGCAAAGGUCUUAAAAAGUUUAUACUUCUUCAGCCCUUAAAAGACAUCAAGUAAUUCAUACUGAAUAAAACUCUGUGACUGUGUGGAGUGUGGAAAAAUCAUUCCUAAUCCUUCAAACCUUACCCAACUCAAUCUAUAGUGUAGACUAUUAAGUGAAUGAGUCUGGAAUGUCAGCACCAACAUGUUACAUCAUCAGUACAAAUACAGAGGAUGUCAUCAGAGAACAGUAGACACUUGUCUUUGCUAUAUCCUCCCAACCAGUGUGUUCUAUAGUGUGCAUGAAUAUUGUAUGAUUGAUGAGUCUCUUUCUACUAUACCUAUAGAUAUAAAACAAAACUGUUAUUAUUUCAUAACGUGGGUCUGAGAUCUGAGCCAUGGUAUAGUUACUGUCGUUUUUCUCAGUGGUGUCACUCAAGCUCCUCCAAUAAUGUUUCCCUUGGGCAUGUAAA